AUGCAGGGCGGCGUCUUACGGUUCCUGUGCGGUGCGCUCCUGCUCACCCAAGAGCCAGCGUUGGCCGCUGGUAUCGACAGACAGAAGUGGGUGUUGAGGAGGGAAAGCGGGACGAACUAUGCCUGCAAAUGCUAUCCCGGCGACACCUGCUGGCCCGACAGCGGCCAGUGGCAGAAGCUUAACGCCACCGUCGGCGGCAACCUGCAAGUCGACAUCCCCCCGGGCGCGCCCUGCUACAACACUUUCAAGGGCCCCUUGGGCGACGUCCAGACGUACAACGCCGACGAGUGCGCCACUGUGACGGCCAACUGGACCAGCGAGCAGUUCCAGGUCGAGCAGCCGGCCGCCGCCCUCUGGACCUACUUCACCAACGACACCUGCCGGCCCACGACCAACCCGACUGACAACUGCACGCUGGGCUACUACCCGGUGCUGGUCAUCAUGGCCAAGACCGUCGCCCACAUUCAGGCCGGCAUCAACUUUGCGCGCGAGAACAACCUGCGGCUGAUCAUCCGGAACACGGGCCACGACUUCCUCGGCCGCAGCGUUGGCUGGGGCGCCCUCGUCAUCAACACGCACAGCUUCCAGGACAUCAAAUUCACCGACACGUGGCAGGGUGCCUCCGGGUACAACGGCUCCGCCGUGACUGUCGGCGCCGGAGUCCAGGCAUUCCAGGUCCUGAAGCAGGCCAACGCCCUGAAGCCGCCCAAGAUCAUGGUUACUGGAGAGUGCGCGACCGUUGGCGUUGCGGGCGGCCUCGUCCAGGGCGGCGGGCACGGCCCGCUGACCAAUCUCUACGGCUUCCUCGCCGACACGGCGCUGGAGUUCAAGGUGAUCACGGCGGACGGGAAGCUCACGACGGCCAACGCCAAGACCAAGGCGGACCUCUUCUGGGCGCUCCGGGGCGGCGGGCCGGCCGCCUUCGCGGUCAUCGUGGAGGCGACGUACAAGACGUUCGACGACCAGCCGAGCGCGGGCGUCAGCUUCGACAUCGACGCCAGCGUGACGACCAACGCGACGCUCUUCUGGGAGGCCGUGCGCGUCUUCCACGGCCACAGCGCGCGCAUGGUCGACGACCACGGCCUGUACGUCUACUGGGAGCUGGGCACGGCGGGGCAGAACCUGCACGUGCACCCGAUCGUGGGCGUCGGCAUGACGGCGGACCAGCUGGCCGCGGCGCUGCAGCCGCUGUACGACGACCUGGCGGCCCUCGGCGUGCGCCCCGCCGUCACCACCCGGGCUUUCCCCACCUUCUACGACCUGUACGAGGCCAUGUUCGAGUCCGAGGUGGCCGGCAACUCGGCGCUGACGGGCGGGUGGACCGUCGCGCGCGCCGACGUCGCCGCCAACAGCACGGGGAUUGUCGACGCCUUCCGGACCGUGCUCGGUGCGGGCUCCUUCAUCAUCGGCCACAUGUGGAGCGCCGGCUACGGCCUGCCGCGCGCCGAGUGGAACGCCAGCGCCGUCAACCCGCGCUUCCGCGACGCCGUCAGCAAGGUCAUCACCGUCGUGCCGGUCGCCGGCAACGCGCCGCUCGCCGAGAAGGCGGCCGCGCAGGACAAGCUGACCAAUGUGGUGGACGCGGCGCUGCGCGCGGCCGCGCCGAAUGGGUGCGCUUAUGUCAAUGAGGCCGAUCCGUACCAACCCAACUGGCAGAACGCCUUCUGGGGCACCAACUACCCGGCGCUGCUCAAGAUCCGCCAGAAGUAUGAUCCCGACGGCCUCUUCUAUGCCGUUUCCACGCCGGGCACCGAGAACUGGACGCAGAUCGAGACGGACACCAGGCUCUGCCGCAAGCUCUGA